AUUCGAACCGGUGCCUUUUAUGCGCCAUCGCGUUUUAAUCAGGCACCUUACCGAUGCGACAACCGACGUUUUUUUUUAAAUCAGAAAAGGAAAGCUAGAGUGCGCUGUAAAGUUUCUUAUACAAGUGUUACUGAAAUGUUGCGCCAUCUGGCCAUUUGGUACAGAACAUUUUCAUGAACCAGUGUGUCAGCAAAGCUUAAAGCGGGCGAUGAGAAAAGCUUUUCCGCCAGAGGGCGGGCGGUUAGGCGGGCGGAGCCCAACGGUGCGCGCGCAAGGUUACAUAACGACAAUGGAGGCUUUGCGGACGCGCGCAGCGGCUAGUGCGGGGCGCGGGGCGAUCGAUGUGCGCCCGGGGGGAGUCAGUCGAGCGCGAGCGAGCGACAUGGCGGCGCGCCCACCCCGCGCGGCGGCCCCGCGGCCCGGGCCGCGCGAGUAGGUCGCCAUGCGCGAUGCGGUAUGAGGCAGCGCCGCGCCCGGCGGGCCGGCCCCCGCUAGCGGCGCCGCCCCCGCCAUGCGAGCGCCGCCGCUGCUGCUUCUGCUGCUGAUGGCGGCCUCGGGCCUAGCCGUGAGUCCGCUCGCGCGCCUCAACCCUUGGCUGAGCGCGUGCGACCUGGAGGAGGAGGGCGCGGGCGGCGUGCGCGAGUGCGGGGGCGCUGCGUGCGGCAGCGGCGGCGGCGCGGCCGAGCCGCUGACGAGGCGCGACGUGCCGCACCUGUGCGCGCUGGGGGCGGCUGCACGCGCGCGACGCCUGGCCGAGCUGCGGCUGCGGGCGUGCUGCGAGCGCUCGCCGGCCUCUGCGCUGGACCGCGGCGCGCGCGCCGACGUGCUGGCUGGCGGGGAGCGCUGCGAGCGGACGCUGCACGAUCUGCUAGGCCUCGACGCUAUGGUCGCGCGCGUGCAUUGUGACUUCGUCGACGUCCUCAGUCGCUACGAUUGCAGCCAGUUUUACUCCGUUCACUCGUGUUACCAGUGUCAGGACACGUAUCGACGGUGGGCGUGCAGCACAAUGGUGCCACUUUGGGUAGAAGACGGCGCGGAAGAAGGCGGGGAGGAGGGGGGUAGAUCUCGGCGGGCACCGGUCGAGCACACAGCGCGGUGGCACGCUCGGCACUUCGAGCGGGUGGGCCACUUAGACAGGCGGCGCGGAGCGGCCUCCGGCGGCGUCGUAGGACGGUGGGUCCGCGCCGCCGCCGCGGGCCCCGGCCGGCCACUGGCCAGGCUGAAGCCUUGUCUCUCAGUAUGUCAACUAGUCGAGCAACACUGCCCCUACUUUCUGCCGGCGGACCGCGCGCCUGCCUACCCCACACAGUACGCUGGCGAGCCCACCUUCCUAUGCCUCGACCCGCGCAUCCCGGAAACUGGUGCGCAGGCGAACAAGUCCAAUUACGGGCCGGACGAGUGCUGCUACUGGUACUGCGAGGGGCGGCUAUGCUACCGCUGCGAGUCGCGGCUCAGCGAGACGCUGCGGCCCGACGCGGAGCGGUGCGCGCCCGUCGACGAGCGCAUCCCGACCUGCUCCGUGCCCUACCAGGCCCCCGCGGCGGGCUCCAGGCCGCAAGCCCCGCACAUUGUGCUACUCACUGCAGUGCUCCUCUUUGUGCUCGCCGCGCACACUCGGACUCACUGGACAGCUCUAGUGAAUGUGCAUGGUUCGAGGUUAUAGUUUUACGUUAACGUGCGUUGCACUCCCACAUCCUGCGAUCGUCGAACUGCGAUCGGAACUUCUAUUAGUGCUGUACUUAUGAUAAUAAAUUACGCGCGGUUACGAAAUCGAUGAUCCACGCGACUCGCGGCGCCGGAGCCCCGUGCCGCCGCCCCCGCGAGCGCGUCGGCGAUAUAGACUUUAAGAUAAUUUUUGUGUGCGAAUGUUCGAUACACCCGAAAUAUAGAAACACCAAAUGUCUGGAAUUAUUACUUAUUUAUGUCGUAAGUGCUGUUUGCCGACGUUCCGGCCAGUAUAAUAAUGUUUUCGGCACGAAUCGUUAAUAAAAUAUUCACUUUAUAUUUUGAGUCAUGUGAAGAUGUUACGUAAGUAUAUUUUAAAUAGAUUUUUACAUGGUUCAUAGACACUCAUAUCCCAAUCAUAAACUGAUUUCACGCCACAUAUUUUAUUUCAGUUACACAAAUUAAGUUGGCAAACAAACUCUCUGAAACGAAGAAAUCUUGGGAUAAGAGGAAUAUUAGUGUAUUCUACCAAUAAUAUAUAAUGAAACUGACAGACAGAAAUAAUUUCAAUUAACAUGAUAAUCACACACGAUAUACAGAAUAAAAACAGGCAGUCGUUCAAAUGCAAUAUAUAUAAAUGCUUAUAAUAUUCAUAAAUAGAUAAAGCCAUAUUCUUUUACCAUAGUGUUUCAUUAUCAACUGAAUUGGUUCUUAGAGGAUUAUUUUUAUAAUAUUGCAAUAUAAAAGAAGGGGUUCACGGAUAAGGACGGCCCAGCGAGGGACUCCGAAGCAGGAGGCAGGUCCCGCACAGUUCCGAGAGAGUGCCGUCGCUGCGCCGCGCCCCUCCCCAGCGUACACGCCUAAAUAGCUGGUCUAUAUUAAAUAUUGACUAAAGUAAAAUAGGAUUAAUUAAAGUAGUUGUUGUUUUGUAAGAAGUAAAAUAAUACAUAUAAUGAAAAUUAUAUGUAAAUAUCCGUCUUAUGAACUAUCAUCAAUAUUGCAGAUGUAACAUGGUUGAAAAUGAUUUUUAUAAAAUUUAUUUUAAUAUAUAUGUUAUUGUAUAUGUAUAUUGAAUCGAGUAUAAUAUUAUAAUAAAGAAGCAACCUUCAACAUGGGUAUUGUGGGUUUCGUAUGUUAUAGGUGACAGCAUUCGUCAGUUUGAUUUUAGUUUUGAAAUAAAUUAUAGAGGUGUCGUUGAACAUUAUGUGAUCGAAAACAAAUAUAAUUAAUGGUUAUUAAGACUUUAUUGAAUGGACAUUUGUUGAGAUAUUGUCCUCGAGCGAGGAUGUAGUUGUUGUAUUCAAAUGAUAAAUGAUAAUAAUAUUAAGUAAGUUAUUUUUUACGUUUUUAUCGUGUACAUAAUAUCGGACGGUUUGUUGUUUCCAUUCCCAUACUUAAAGUCACCGAAGGUGCUAAAGGUCUAUUACUGCUUUUUAGAUAUUUCUGUUUUUACACCUUCCUGGUUCGUUCUCGACUAUGAGAUGAUUGGUGUGUUAUCUUGCCCUAGAUACAGGGUACAAACCGUAACUAUACCCCGCGCCAUCAUAUCAGUACAGACCCCAACUGUUAGUUUUAUUCUAAUUCUGUGUUUCUAUAUGACGGUUCACUUCUUUCACUGUAAAGAGAUUCAAUAAGUAGUUAUAAUUGCUCGCAAUGGCCGAAAUCAGUGGGUCGAUAUUGUUUCAAUCGAAAAAAUUAAUUCACCUACCUUUAAGUGAAAGCGUCAGCGUCACAGGGCGAAUUACGAAUACCGAUGUACAGCUUGACUAGAAAUAUAGCAUUCGCCUUCUUGCGGAUUUAAAUAUUUAGCUGGCAAUUAAUUAUCAACAAAAAGUAAGCUUGACCAAAAGCUAUUAAAAUAAUAUGUCUUGGUAAUGGCUCCUUUUAUAAUUAUACAUUGUCAUAAUUUACAUUUUGUCAAAUAUAAACUGACCUGUUUUAGAAGAUACACUACCUAUUGUCCAAUCACUUUACUAACACUCAAUAAAACUACACUUUUUUGUGAUGCUGUAUGAAACGCAGAACUAACGCAUGUAUGCUAUAUUUCUUCUGGUCAAGCUAUAAUUGGUCUAUUGUUGUUAUGGUUCCAUCCGACUAAGCAAUGAAUUUUCUUAUUUUUGGCUAUACUUAUAUAACCUACAUCACAUUGUCACAUAGAUUGAAAUUUACAAUAAUUCAGAGAGUUAAAUAUUGAGAAUCAUAGUGAUAGUCUCUUCAAGAGAAUUUACUAUAGGUAUUAGGGUUCGAAUUGUUUACAAUAAAGUUCGAACAGAAUUCUAAACGAUUGUACCAUAAAUACAUUACGAUAUAACCAUUUACGAAAUUAACGUUGUCUUAUAGAUUUUUUUAAGCGUCGUGUUUUUUUAAUUCUAAAGAAUAAUACUAAUCAUAAAACAAUUCGAUAUAUUUAUUGUACCAUUCGUCAGCAGGUUUCAGUCUCACAAAAAUUAAUUAACAUUGCAAGGCCACUUUCACACAUUUACUUGUAUCUAUGUAUAAAUUAAUUAUCAAGGUGUCUAAAAUUUAGUAAUAGAGAAUGAAUUACUAGAACAUAAUUGGAACAAUUUCGAGCACUCGUUAAAACUUACACAUUGACCGUGCAUUUUUUCCUUGUGGUAUUUCUGCUCUAUGCUCUUAAUAUCUUCACUUGUUCACUAUUCUAUACUAGAGUAGAUGUUAAAAGACCAAAGGAGAAGGAGUUCGGUUCGAAUGUUGUUUACUCAUACUUAUAAAAUUAUUCACGUUUAACUUUUUUACACAUUCAUUCCGCAAACUCAUCUUGCCUUUAGUAAAUCUACUGUUUGUGAUAUACAUACAUGCAUCAGAUUUAUAAGAAGCUCAAGUCGAGUUUCUAAAUGCCAGAGAGAAGUAGUUGUUACCAAAUUUUCUAAUAGAGCCGCUAAAAGGUUUAUUGGAAAUUGUUUUCGUAGGGACACAAGAUUAGCAAUAAAUAAUUCGUAGUAACUACUGAUUAAUCACGUAGAUUUCACAAGUUAUCCAAGAGUCGUUCGAGCUCUCAGCGAAUUUCCGAGCCGGUGAAGAGAGCGUGGCGCGACAGCCGCGGCGGCAGCGCAGCACACGCCUCGCCGCACACGCACUCGCAUCCUCCCCCUUAGAUAUAGUCACAACACAACGGUGUAUUUUAUUGAUAUUUCGUUGAACGUUUGGUGAUAGUGUGUACAUUUAUGUUUUCGAAUAAUAUACGUAUGUUUCGAUGUACAUAAAUAAAGUGUAAAUGUUUAACGCACAAAUAAUAUGGACAAAGAAUGCUGAUUAUGUAAUGCAGUACGAAAACUUAUGUAUUUAGCUGUAAACUGUAACUGGAAAAUAAUCGAUUAGGAAUACGAACUUAGAGUUUUCAGUACUCCGUCUGCUACCGCGAUCGUGUACUAGUUUAAUUUUCAUAUGGUCGUUUGUAAAGACUCAGUUAAUGUUAUAUGGUUGCGUUGGUUGCAUACACAAUAAAAUCAAUGGUAGCAUCCAUUUCAUUGUAACAUAAUCAAUAAUGAUGGAAUUAACUAGAUGUAUUGUUUGGUAUGUUAAGAUAUAUGUCCUCCAAGAUGUGUAACGUACCGCAGCCACUUGGUUGCCUGUCACGCGCACGCACAAACGCAGAGAAAACGCUUUCGGGGUCGUCCAUCGUCGUGUCAGUAUUCCACAGUAAAGUAGUACAGUAAUCAGCAUAGAAUAAUGUAAGCAAAACACCAAUUAUUAGCCUUCUACGUACAACAAUAUGUGUAAUAGUAUAUAUAAUGAACAAAGCUAUACAUGUCCGCGACCAUGUUGAUGUUGAUAUUUUUAUACAGUACGUUGAUUUCUUUUUUGUACAUAUUCUACUGCCAAAUAACGAUACUACUUUUUUGUAAGGUGUGCUUCAUCUGUGGUAUUAAAAAUAUAGAGUCUACCUCGAUAUUUUAUGAUAAAUAAGACGAAAAUGUUAAAUGCCAGAUCAAAUUUUAAUACCACAUUUUACGUGAGUAACAACGAACAUGUUUCGUGAAUAAUUGCAAACUUUAAUGAAUUUAAUAACUUUUGAAGGCACCUACGUAUAUUGUUAACAAAGGUGGAAUAUGACGUCUUUAUUGAAUGGCAUUCAUAGUUUGGACAUCACCAUAGAAAUCAGAAAUGAUAGUAUUCUGAUUGAUAUGGACGAUCUGCUUCAACGAAAAAUGUUAUUUUUACUUCUUGCUGAAUACAACAAUAAGGUUUUUAUAUAGUCAGUAGUAGUUCAUAUUUGUGCCAAAAUUUUGCUAUAGUACUUACAUUUAAACCAUAUUCUUCAUUCAGAAUAUUCAGUGACGGAUAAAAGAUUACUUAUUUUCUAUACAAGAGGCCAAAUUAAUAAAACAGAGGUGCUUACACAAAUGAAUGUGUUAAAAAUUCUGUUAUUCAAAUUUCUUAUAUUUUGCUCAGCAAUAAUUUCAAAUAUUUAUACAAGCGGGUAUGUGCUGGGUUAAAAUGAUAUUGAAUUUAUUACUUAUAAAUAUUUUAUUAGCAUAUAUCACGCUAAUAAACAAUGUAUCCUAGCAUGUACCACUAUAUUUUGUUAAUUCAAAUACCGUUGUCUGAGUGAGAUAAGUAUCGACAUACCACAAUAGUAAUACAUGGCCUUCAAUUUUAUCAAAGUUUAGUGGAAGGGAAUUAGUGACUUAAGAUGCAAUUGAUGUGUGUUACAAGUCUUAUGAAAAAUCAAAUACAUUAUAAAUAAGUAAAUUAUAUGUGGUAUAUAAUUUAAACCGACACAAUCAUUAAGUAAGCAAUUUUUAUGGUCCACAAUCUUUAACCCCGAAAGUUUAAAGAGUACCUUAUGCCUGUAUUGAUUGCAAUUAUUAGGAAUCAUUGUCACGGCAUUUAUGUUGGACGAAAUAUUUUGAUUCAAAGUGUAUAUUUGUAACAGAAAUUUAGAAAAAUCUCCCGUUUGGCUACGGUCUUAUAAAAUCUUUUGUAGACGUUUGCAAUAUGCUUAACAUUUUUUUUAAAGUGAAGAUGUAAUUCAUAGAGGUUUUGUUUGGUUGGCCAAUACUAUUUUGAAUGUUUUUAUGUAAAAUUUUGUUUCGAACCGCGGAACUGAUUUUAUAACAUCUUUAUUUUAUACGACGUAAUGUAUAAUAUAGCACAUCUACUUUCUUAAUAUCCUAUUAGUCAACCUUAGAUAUUAUAUUUACAUCAGGGUAGAACAUUACCAUUUAACUUUAUUCUGUGGGUAUGCUGAGAGGCGACUAAAUGACAAAAUUAUAAGCUGGCAGGCAGUGACUUCUAAAGUAGAGAACUAUUAUAAUACGAAGGAGCAAAAUUUUUAAAUCAAUUUAAUUAAUUUUUACAGACUUCUUUCUAAAACAAAACAUCGUAAAUCACUGGAAAGAAGAAGAUAGUUUUAAAGCAGUUCACGUUUCAUAAAGGAGAAAUAAAAAAUAGUUUAAAAAAGUUACCUUUAUAAAUUGCCGUGGAUUUAAAUCGUGUAAAAUAUUACAGUAUUGGGCUGUAACAUGAUACGAUUAGUUAUAGUUACAUAGCCGACUAACGGGUUUUUCUAAAUUCUGUAACAUAUUUAAUUCAAGUGUCUGUUCAUAAAUAAGUAUAAAUAUAAUGUAUGUAAUUAGUGUUAUUUCCAUUUAAAUAUAAAUGUUUUGUGUUUAUUUGAUAGAGUUCUGUUGGAUCUAGAUUCGAGCUGUAGCCAACCAUCGUCAUGUCAACCGUUUAGUUACACCCGGAGAUGAAGAGGACUAACGCGACACGUUUUAUACUUAACAGGUGGAGCCACGUGUUGUUGGCUAAUACUCCUUGUUUUUCUAGGCGGUGGUUCUCGAACAUCGCGAUGAUUCCAUUAUUCAUAAUGAGUUCUAGAUCAUAUAAAUAUAUGAUUACGAGGACUUAUAUUGCCUUUUGUUAUAUCUUAGUAUUAUUUUAUUGUUAACUCCAAAUAUAUUGCACUAUUAAAAGAAUGUAAUUUAUUAAAAAUAUCGAAUUGUCCAGAGAAACGAGUGGACGUAUUUUUAAACACUAUAAAUAAUAUCAUUAAAGAUGCCUAAUUCAUAGUGAGAUGUAGCGUAGUGUAAAUCUUAUAAUAAUUACAACCGUAAGCACAAGCCGGCGGCGCCACUCGCGCGCCGGCGACACUGCCACAGCACGCGGGGCUCAGAUAUAUUGAUAUGAUCUAGGAUGUGUCGUAGGUGUUUCUCGAGUAGUGAUCGUGUAAUAAGUCUUAUGUUAUGCCUUCUAAAUGAUUAUAAUUCUGUAAGUGUGUGGCGCGACGGCGCAGCCGUGUGGACGUAGCGUGCUACGCCGGUCUACGACGAGACGGCGUAGCACGCUCGCCCUCCGGAUCACGCUGCGCCCGCACGUAGACAUCGUUCGACACUCGAAGUAAGAUUAAUCACGUUCGAAUAAUUGUAGACAGAUUUUGAAAUUUAAUAUUAUUUGCAUUUUCCUAAGAGUUAGAACGAUUGAGACAGUAGGUCGCACGACCGUGUUAUGAUGAAUUGUGGAGAUGUUUAUUAAAAAAAUACAUUUAUGAAAAUGGAAUAAAAACGAAAAAUAUUGUCAUAUAAACUUGUAAUUACUAACUUAAGAGGAAUUAUUGGAGAAACAGAAAAACGUUAA